GCAGGGGAAGGUGCCAUGCAAGGUGGAAUGGCUAGGAUCAGUGCAGUUGGCACUACCUGGAGGUAAGGGCAAUGGCAGGCAAGCUAUUCUAGAUGGUAGAAAAUGGAGGGGCUGUACCCACACCCACAUAGGGACGGGGGACUUAAUUAGUAUUUUGUUUCCGAGCAGCUGCUGGUAUGUCAGAGGCUUGGAAUUGGCAACAUCUAAAACUGCUGUAGUUAACUGACCUCACCCAAGUUCCAAGGGCUCUUCCUGAUCCUUUUUUCCUGAGCCUCAGCUCUGGAACACUUUCCUAUUGGCUGUGGAGACCAACUCAAGUUCCCUUGCCCAUGUUUGGAGGUGGACGCCUCCUGGACUAAAGAUAGAAACAGCUGGCCCUUCCAAGCAGCUAAAAGCCUCCAGGCUAAGAGGUGUUCCCCACUCUGCAGCCAGACUCCUUGAAAUACCCUUUGAGUAAGCUCGGUCAGUGCCUCCAUGUCUCUGCUCUGCUAUAACAAAGGCUGUGGGCAACACUUUGACCCCAAUACCAAUCUCCCUGAUUCCUGCCGUUACCACCCUGGGGUCCCAAUCUUUCAUGAUGCACUUAAGGGUUGGUCCUGCUGCCGAAAGCGAACUGUAGAUUUCUCUGAGUUCUUAAACAUCAAGGGCUGUACUGUGGGACCACACUGUGCUGAGAAGCUUCCUGAGGUCCCUCAGCCUGAGGGCCCUGCCACAAGUUCACUUCAGGAGCAAAAACCUCUGAAUACAAUUCCAAAGUCAGCAGAGACUUUGCUCCGAGAAAGGCCUAAGUCUGAGAUGCCUCCGAAACUGCUACCACUUCUUAUAUCUCAAGCCCUGGGAGUGGCGUUGGAACAGAAAGAAUUAGACCAGGAACCUGGAGCAGGACUUGACAAUAGUCUGAUCUGGACUGGUUCCAGCUGCCAGAACCCAGGAUGUGAUGCUGUUUACCAAGGUCCUGAGAGUGAUGCUACUCCGUGUACCUAUCAUCCAGGUGCACCUCGGUUUCAUGAGGGAAUGAAGUCUUGGAGCUGUUGUGGUAUCCAGACUCUGGAUUUUGGGGCAUUCCUGGCACAGCCAGGAUGUAGAGUUGGUAGACACGAUUGGGCAAAGCAGCUGCCAGCAUCUUGCCGCCAUGAUUGGCACCAGACAGAUUCCUUGGUAGUGCUCACGGUCUAUGGCCAGAUUCCACUUCCUGCAUUCAACUGGGUGAAGGCCAGUCAAACUGAGCUUCAUGUCCACAUUGUCUUUGAUGGUAACCGCGUGUUCCAAGCACAGAUGAAGCUCUGGGGGGUCAUAAACGUGGAGCAGAGCUCUGUCUCUUUGAUGCCAUCACGGGUUGAAAUCUCCUUGGUCAAGGCUGACCCAGGAUCCUGGGCCCAGCUGGAGCACCCUGAUUCACUAGCUGAGAAGGCUAGGGCAGGGGUUUUACUAGAGAUGGAUGAGGAAGAAUCUGAGGAUUCAGAUGAUGACCUGAGCUGGACAGAGGAGGAAGAUGAAGAGGAGGAAGAAGCUAUGGGGGAAUAGUAACAGCAGACAGUUGAGUUUCUAGGUAGGCCCUCAGUGACUGCCUUAGAAUCUCAGAGACCAGGAUAUGGUUGACCAUGUGGUGUCAUUGAGCAGCAGGAGGCUGAAGGAAGAGAUAACAAAAUGUCCAAACUGCUGCUGCCCCCUAAUAAACCUUAUAUUCUGCAGUCUCA